AUGAUCGAAGGAGUCGGCAAGACCUUGGGUGUCGCAGGCUGCGCUGGUCGUGCCGGCGUCGUCGUUGCCGCCAAAGCGGGGUUGUUGACUCCAGUUGGAGGUAGCCUCGUCGAAAAAGGGGAAGGGGGGAAACGGAUACCGGGGCUGCGCACCAUCGGCACGGACGUCGCCGUAGAUCUCGGCGUGGCGAGCAUGGGCAUCGAUACGGACGUUGGCAAAGUCGGGCGAGAUAGAACAGAAGGUGAUGGCAUCGCCCGUGGCGUCGAAGCCGACGUGACAGUGCUCUCGGACGAGCUCGACGCUUUCUUCGGUGGACUACGAAGCUGGCCCGGAGAAGGAGGUGGGGGAAGUUGCAAGACGCUAGGCAACGACUCGGCGCGCGUAGCUGACGUCGGGAACGAUGGUCGCGGCUUCUUGCGAGGACUGAGCCAGUCGAUCUCGUCGUCCGAUUCGUCACUGGCGGCCGAGUGCUUCCGGUUCGACGAUUCGGUUAGUGCUCGUGGUGUUUGCAAGGGUGACGAUGGCGGGACGGGUGCGGAUGACGCUUCCACGGUGGUCUGUCGCACAGGCGGUGACAGUUCCAGAGGCAAGGCCGAGUUGUUGCCUUCGAAGUUCUCAAAGAGGCGACGACGGGCCGGCGACUGGGCGAGCUCCUUGUUCGGCGACAUGGUGCCAAUCUUGAGCGGCGUUGUCCGGUUCACAGAAGGCGCAGGCGAGGGCCCUAA